AGCAGGCGGAGAGCUACAGGAGGGUGGCAGCGACCUACUGGCACACGGAUUUGUGCACAGGGCUACUAGUUUUCCCAUAAAGAUAGCAUUGAACUUUUCUAUUGGCAUACCCUGAAGCUUUCCUGCUUGGCGCUGGUGGCAGAAUUGACACCAGAAAUUCACUGCAAAUUCAGAAAACAACUGCACAUUGAAUUUAAGGUCAGAAUAUUAAAGGAAUCACGACCAGUGAUAUUAGACUUGGAUUUCUUUUUAGACAUCAUGGCUUUACUACCAGCCAUUCUUUCCAGCCUAUUCACAAUACAAUUUGUUCUAGGAUAUUUUGCCAAUGGCUUCAUAGCACUGGUGAACUGCAUUGACUGGGUCAAGAGACAAAAGAUUUCCUGCGCUGAUGGAAUUCUCACUGCUCUGGCAGUUUCCAGAAUUGCUUUGCUCUGUGUAUUAGUAAUAAAUUGGUAUGCAACUGUAUUUAAUCUAGCAUUUUAUAGUUUAGAAGUAAAACUUAUUGUUCAUAUUGCCUGGAUGACAAGCCACCACUUUAGUCUGUGGCUUGCUACUAGCCUUAGCAUAUUUUAUUUGCUCAAGAUAGCCAAUUUCUCCAGCCUGUUUUUUCUUCACCUAAAAUGGAGAGCUAAAAGAGUGGUUCUCAUGAUACUGUUGGGGACUUUGGUCUUCUUGGUUUUUCGUCUUGCAGUGGUAAGCACAGAUGAAAAAAUGCAGAUGAAUGAAUAUAAAGGAAACAUCACUUGGGAGACUAACUUGGGGGACAUUAUGCACCUUUCAAGCCAGACUUUAUUCAUGCUUGCAAACUUCGUGCCCUUUACUGUGUCCCUGACAGCUGCUCUGCUGUUAGUCUUUUCCCUGUGGAAACAUCUGAAGAACAUGCAGCUCAGUGGCAAAGGAACUCAAGAUCCCAGCACCGAGGUCCACUUAAGAGCCAUGCAAACUGUGAUCUCCUUUCUCUUGAUAUUUGUCAUUUUUUUCUUCGCUCAAAUCAUCUCACUUUGGAAUUCGAGUACUCAGCGGAACAAUUCAGUUCACAUGGUUUGCAAGGUUCUUGGAAUCCUGUAUCCGUCAAGCCACUCAUUUAUUCUGAUUUGGGGGAAUAAGAAGCUGAGACAGGCCUUUCUGUCACUUCUGUGGCAGUUGAGGUGCUGGUUGAGGAAAGGGAAAUAAGUGGGCACCUUGUGUCUUCUGGCAGAAAACAAACUGAUGGAGUCCAUAACAUUUGUACUUCCUACUACAUUUCUUAAUGUGUAUAGGAUUGGGGAAGUUACACCUAGAAAAACUUCUAGUUAAGUUUAUCACAAAAAUAUAUAUGUGUGUGCAUGUUUAUGACAAAAAAAAAAAAGAGCAUAAGAUUACCUUUUUUUUUUCAGGUAAGCAAUCUAAUUUUACAAAGUAGUGUAA